AUGAUACCACCUGGGGACUGCAUGUAUGCCGGACGGAAGCGGAGGAAGCCUGUACAGAAACACAGAAAACCAGCCCCAGUGACAGAGAAGUCCAACCCGUCGAAGCGGCACCGGGAUCGUCUGAACGCAGAGUUAGAUCGACUGGCGAGCUUGCUGCCCUUCUCGCCCGAAAUCAUCUCCAAACUGGACAAGCUGUCUGUGCUGCGACUCAGUGUCAGUUACCUACGCGUCAAGAGUUUCUUCCAGGCCAAUGAGGAGAAGCCAUCUAGGAAACACAGCCCUGCUGUUCAUGAGGCUAGGAAGGAGAAUGUCUCACAUGUGCCUUAUAUUUCUGAGAGUGAGCUCCUACUCGAGUCUCUAACUGGAUUUGCUCUGGUUGUAAGCAGUGAUGGAAUGGUCUUCUACGCUUCAUCCACCAUAGUGGAUUAUCUGGGCUUCCAUCAGACUGAUGUGAUGCACCAAAAUGUCUUUGACUACAUUCAUGUAGAUGACAGGCAGGAGUUUAGGAGCCAGCUACAUUGGGCCAUGAACCCAUCUCAGCAGGGCUCGGAGCAGCACCUUGCCACAGGAACUGGAGAAGAUAUUGUGCUCAGCAACUUGUUCCACUCCCAGGAGGCAGGUGGCGUUCCUCCAGAGUUUUCUUCUUUCCUUAAUCGUUGUUUCAUCUCGAGAGUCCGCUGUCUCCUGGACAGUACCUCCGGAUUCCUUACAAUGCAAAUCCAAGGGCGUUUGAAGUUCCUGAAUGGCCAGAAGAAGAAGACAACAUCCGGUGUGACUCUUCCCCCUCAGCUCGCUCUGUUCUGUGUGGCAGUGCCUCUCCUCCUGCCCUCCAUCACAGAGAUGAAGAUGAAGAGUGUGAUGCCACGGGGCAAGCACAAAAACAUGGCCCAUAACAUGAAUAUAUCCUUAGAUCACAGUGACAGAGAGGGGACCUUAAGACGGCAGUCAGUGGUGAGUGAAGGGGGAGACUCAGCAUUCCUGAACUGCUCCACACCUGUAGGAAGCUCACGCCUCCAGAGCCCCUGGGCAGCGCUUUCCAAGGACAGCUUCAAGUACAAGAAUGAGGACUACUACAAUCAGGAAGAACCACUUAACUAUAGCCAGGAAGAGACACUCAGCUUCUAUAAAUCCUCUGCUGGGGGCCAGAAAGGUCCACACGGAGAGACCAUGUGGCCUUUGAGAGCCUCUUGUGGGCCUGUCCGUACAGGUCAUGGACUCAGACUGCUACCUGCUGGGAGAACAGGGAGUCAGUAUGGGAAACCCUAUAGAAUGUCCCCCAUUUAUCACAACAGCAGAGCAGAGCUUUAUGUUCCAAAGCUUUACGGAAGUCUUCUGCACCCAGGAGAAAUGGAAGGAAAUUACAUGGAGGGAAUCAAGAGUGAAAAUGGAUGUUAUGAAGGCCACCUGCAAGGCUACGACGAACGUCUAAUGGCUGAGCUGCCAAUCAAGGUAGAGCAGGACUCUGACUCUGAAAAUGGUUGUGACGUUUAUGGCCAGCCCUGGACAGGUCGCGAGCGUUACCCAGACCCGUACGAAAGUAGCCCGCAGCUGAAAGCAGAAGGUGGCUUCUACGAGCAGUAUCCAACAUGCCUAAGGGGCAGGGGGAGUAACGGGCUGUCUUACAGCAGCCACUUUCAGAAUGCCUGUGCUGUAACUGCACGGCCACUAAAGUGUGUCCUCGAUAAAGAUGCAGAAGCUCCCAGCCCCCAGCGCCCAGGUCACCUGGACCCACUGAGCAGUGGCCAAACUACCAGCUGCAUGGAGAGCUAUGCUGUUGGACCAGGAGAGCACAAGGCCUAUAUGCAGCAGGAUUACAAGCUCAGCUAUGAGUUCAAAAGGCAGGGCCUCCUGCAUUCUAUCAAGCGUGAGCCCAUGGACUCACCGCCCUGGCCCGACAGCCAACCGGACCAGCUAAGGCUGGAGAGGAACAUCACGCCAAACUGCAUCAUGAAUGUUGGGCAGUCCAAAGCUAAUCCAUAUAUCUUUAUGCAAUAGAGGAACACCUGCAGGAUACUAUGGGAUGCUGCAGGACCCUUGUCUGUCGAAAUGACAGCUACCUUUAUUCAUCAACAAAGCAGUGUGGCUUAAAUAAAAGCACUAGAACAUCACCGUUUGAUAAAGAAAGUCAUUAGCAACCAAUUUUGAGUUCUCAAGAAAAGUUCACUUUUGUAUACCAUAAUUGUUUGGAAUGUUUAUAACACAUCCUAAAUUUUCUUUACAUGCAAUUUUUCCCAAUAUUCUAGCUGACAGCAUUCAGAGACAUUUGGACGCACAAGUUCGGGACAUUUCAGGACAUGGCUCAGGUUGAAGGCUUAUUUUGUUAUUUCGUAGUAAAGGAGCAAGCAUCUAGCAAUCUCUUAAUGAAAGGAUUUUAUCUUUUUUGUAUGCACUUUUGAUAGAUUAAUAUGAAAUAUUUCUCUGAAUCUCACAUUGUGUCUGUGAUAGUGCUUUAUUUGCCUGACUUAUUUGGUUCUUGAAACAUGAAAGUGUACUGUGAUGUGGAAAAAUGUUUUACAGAUAUCAAGAUUUACACUAAUGUUACCUGUCAAAUACAAAUAUACAUUUAAUUCAGUUACCAUCUGUCACAUACUCACUUUCAAAUAAUAUUUCAGGCAUAAAAUAUUUCAGGUAAAUUUAAAAGGUACUAAAGGAUUUUUAUAUUGUUUGUUAUUUAAUAUAAUGAUGGAUGGAAACUUUGGACAGACAAGUCCUUACUCCAGUGUAUAUAAAUUAUAUAAACAAAGGGUAAACAAAGGGUUAA